AUGGUUAUGGUAAAAGACCUCCCGAUGGAGGUCCUCCUCCAUAUGCUUUCCUUUCUGCACAUUCUGACCAUCGAGCGGGUCGCCAAAACCUUCACGCACCCCCUGACCGACCUUUGCCUCCCCAUACUCGAGCCAGUUCUCCAGAAACGGAGGGAGAAAGCUCGGUUCAUAGCACGGUUCGGAAUGAUCUCCAACAUCUCCACUGACGACACUGUGAGCUAUCUUAAUACUUCAAAAUGUCGCCUGCCUAUUCAGAUCUCCCUAAAGGCCACCGUCCGCAGCCAGCCGGAGAUCGCUGAUGCCUUGGACACUCUUGUCCUUCGUGGGGAUUUGGGUUGGUUGAAACCCCUCAACCCAGCGAUGACUUCACAGAUGAACCGCGUGUUUGAGCACUCGCCGCCCACUGAGGAGUGGGAUACGACCUACGAUGACCUUCUCGAGGCUGCAGAGCUAGCUGGAAUUACCAUCCCGCCAAUCUUCCUCAAGUUCAUCCGUGACCCGGAGCUGAUGAAGCGAAUAUAUACGCAUAGUCAUACCAACACGAUGGGGUUUCGCUUCCAGGAACCGCUGCUCGUAGAGGAUCAGGGGGGCUAUUUCCUUCCCUUCUACUAUGACAACAGUUAA